CCUCGCCAGCCCCCCGCCCCGCCGCCAGCGCACAGCGGCAGCCAGACCGCCGCGGCACCGCCGGGCCGCCGCACAGCUCCGCUCUGCCAGCGGGAGCCGGCCGCGGAGCGGGCGAGGAUGCUGCCCCUCAGCCGCCGGCGCGGGGCCGGCCGCGCCCGCCGCCGGCACCGGCCGUACCCGCUGUUCCUCCUGUCAGCGCUGCUCUGGGCGCCGGCGCUGGUGGCCUUCAACCUGGACGAGGAGAAGCUGACGGUGUACAGCGGGCCCCCGGGCAGCUACUUCGGGUACUCGGUGGACUUCUACAUCCCCGACCCCAGCACAGUCAGUGUCCUGGUGGGAGCUCCCAAAGCCAACACCACGCAGCCAGACAUAGUGGAAGGAGGAGCGGUGUACUACUGCGCCUGGCCCGCCACCCAGUGCAGGCAGAUACCCUUUGAUAAUACCAACAACAGGAAAAUUAAAGUCAAUGGCACCAGGGAACCUAUUGAGUUUAAGACAAAUCAGUGGUUUGGGGCAACAGUCAAAGCUCAUAAAGAAAAAGUUGUGGCUUGUGCUCCCUUAUAUCAUUGGAGAACCCUUAAAGAUAGCCCUGAGAAGGACCCUGUUGGCACCUGCUAUGUAGCAAUUCAGAACUUCAGUGCCUAUGCUGAAUAUUCACCUUGUCGCAACAGCAAUACAGAUCCCGAAGGACAAGGCUUUUGUCAAGCAGGUUUCAGCUUAGAUUUUUACAAGAAUGGAGACCUGAUAGUAGGCGGGCCUGGUAGUUUUUAUUGGCAAGGUCAGGUAAUCACUGCAAGUAUUGCGGAUAUCAUUGCAAAUUAUUCCUUCAAGGAUAUUCUGAGGAAACUGGCACGAGAGAAGCAAACAGGAGUGGCACCACCCUCGUAUGAUGACAAUUACAUGGGGUACUCUGUGGCUGCUGGGGAAUUUACUGGGGAUUCUGAGCAAGAGUUGGUUGCUGGAGUCCCGAGGGGAGCACAGAACUUUGGCUAUGUCUCAAUUAUUAAUUCCUCAGACUUGACCUUUAUCCAGAACUUCACUGGUGAACAGAUGGCGUCUUAUUUUGGGUACACUGUUGCAGUAUCUGAUGUUAACAAUGAUGGUUUAGAUGAUAUCUUAAUUGGCGCCCCUCUCUUUAUGGAACGAGAAUUUGAGAGCAAGCCUAAAGAAGUUGGGCAAGUUUAUCUAUACCUGCAAGAAAGUGCUUUCAUCUUCCGAGAUGCGCAAAUUUUGACAGGCACUGAAGUGUUUGGUAGAUUUGGCAGUGCAAUCACGCACCUUGGAGAUCUCAAUCAAGAUGGAUAUAAUGAUAUUGCUAUUGGUGCACCAUUUGCAGGAGAAGACAGAAGAGGGAAAGUGCUCAUUUACAAUGGAUACAGUAAUGGGUUAAAUACUAACCCUUCCCAGGUUCUCAAUGGAGCCUGGGCCUCACAGUCCAUGCCUUCGGGAUUUGGCUUCACUCUAAGAGGAGACUCAGAUGUAGACAAGAAUGAUUACCCAGAUUUAAUUGUAGGUGCAUUUGGAGCUGGAAAAGCAGUUGUUUACAGAGCCAGACCUGUUGUGACAGUGAAUGCUCAGCUCAUUCUGAACCCUAUGAUUGUGAAUCCAGACAAUAAAACUUGUCAGCUCCCUGGCUUUCAGCUUUUGGUCGCCUGCUUUACUGUAAGAGUCUGCGCAGACUUUGAAGGUCAAAGUAUUUCAGAUGAGAUAGUGCUGAAAGGUGAAUUGCAAUUAGAUUCAUUGAAACAGAAAGGAGCUGUUAAGAGGACCCUCUUCUUUGAUUAUCAUCAGUCACAUCAUUACUUCUCCAUUGUGAUAGAAAGACAGAAACAGCUCCAUUGCCAGGACUUCCUUGUUUAUCUCAGAGAUGAAACAGAAUUUAGAGAUAAAUUAUCUCCCAUCAAUAUAAACUUGAAUUACAGUUUGGAUGAAUCCAAUGUUGAAGAUAGCUUGACUAUGAAGCCAAUACUGAACUAUUACCAGAAAAGCUCAGUAACAGAACAGGCUUACAUUCUUGUUGAUUGCGGGGAGGACAACUUGUGCAUUCCUGACUUGCAGCUUUCUGCUAUGCCAGAUAAAGAUCAGCUAAUAAUUGGAGAAGAAAACUGUGUCAUGCUCAUAAUAAAUCCAAGGAAUGAUGGGGAAGGAGCCUAUGAAGCUGAGCUACAUAUAAAGAUUCCACCUGAAGCAGAUUACACCGGGGUUGAACGCAACAACAAGGCACUGCGUGUAUUGAGCUGUGAUUACAAGAUGGAAAAUGAAACAAGAAUGGUGGUUUGUGAUCUUGGGAACCCCAUGGUGGCUGGCGCAAACUUCUCUACAGGCAUUCGAUUUUCUGUUCAGCAUUUUGAAAAUGCAGAUUUCAGCAUCAAUUUUGAGCUUCAAAUAAAAAGUUCUAACAAGAUUAAUCCCACCAGCAAUUUAGUCAACCUCCACAUCAACAUCAGUGCUGUGGCUCAAGUACAGAUUAGAGGAGUGUCUCACCCCCCAACAAUUAUUUUGCCGCUUCACAACUGGGAACCCAAAGAUGAACCUACAAAAGAAGAAGAACUUGGUCCUUUAGUAGAACACAUCUAUGAGCUGCACAAUAUAGGACCAAGUGCCAUCAACAAUACAGUUCUCCAUGUCGGUUGGCCUGUGUCAAGUCGAGAAGAAUUUCUUCUUUAUAUUCUUCAUAUUCAGACACAUGGACCAUUGCACUGUCAGACGAGCUCUCCUAUUAAUACAAUGCAAAUAAAGUUUGCUAUUCCACAAGACACUCCUGAACUUGCUGCUUUUUUGUAUAAUUCCACAAUUUCUCAUUACAUCAGGAGAAGGGAUGUCACAGUGGCAGAACCUCACAGGAAAAACUCUGCAAAAAUAUUGAACUGUACAAAUGUGAAGUGUAUCCUAAUUUCCUGCACUGUGGGACAACUGGAAAGAGGGAAGAGUGCAGCGCUAAAAAUCAGGUCCCGGCUAUGGGCCCAAACAUUCCUGGAGAGAAAGAAUGAUCUCUAUACUCUUUCUUCCAAUGUGUCCUUCGAAGUUAAGAGCAUGCCAUAUAAAGUGCUUCCAGCAAAGCUCCCCGAGGGAAGCAUAGCACAUGUGUUCCAUACCAGAAACACAUGUUGUGCAGAACUCUGUAGUGGUGCUUUCAUCUGGACUGAAGUGCUUUACCCCAGGUGAUAGCCUGCUGUUCUCAACAAGUGUCAGAUGAUCUACCAAAUGAUCAGAUAAGCAUUUUAUUCUCUUACUCCAGCCAGUAUAAUGCUUGUUAUUUGCUGCAGAUGAUUUACAGCAAAAUGCCUGUAAUGGCAACUGUAAAAUGUUGAAAAAUUAUAGCGCUUUUAUGUCGUUUCAUAUCUGGACAUGGCAGUGGAUGCUUGCCAGCUCUACAGCUUGAUGUGUUAUAUGCACAAGCUCUUUUGAUGUUCCACUUGCAGGAAGAAAUAUUUGCUUGAAGUUGGGCAAUGCUUAAUAUUUUUGCUCCUUCUGAAAAAGAUCACUGGUUGUGUUUUAAAAGUUUCCAAAGAUUUAUUUGAAAGUUUAUGGUUUUCUUUCAGACAAUGCAAGGGUGGAAGUGGAAUAAAGAUUUUAAUAUUUUAAAACUAAUUGUCCAAAGUAAAUAUCUAAUAAUCAGCUAACACUUUACAGUUUAUAUAGUGAAGAUAAUAUAUUCUAAAAGAACAGAACGUAUGUCCUUCAUUUAACUCAUACAAUGCUGGGUUCCAAUUAUGCAGGCUGAUAAUGUACAUUUAAUUUUAAUGGCAUGAAUAAUCCCAUAAACCUCAGUAACCUACACAGUCAUGCAGUCAUAUUUGCAGCUCUGAGGUCUUUAUUUCCAUCAUCAUGGAAUAUAGGUCUAUGUCUUGAACAGAGGGUCAUGAUACAUAGGUGUGUGAAAGUUUAUGGAAAUAUAAGAAAAUCUGAAUCUUUUAUAGUAAAACAUUAGAGUGAAAAUGGCAUCAAACGGAAAAUUAGCUUGGAACUUAGUGGAGCUUAAAGCAAAAUCCACUGAUGUCAAUAAAAUUUUUUCUAUUAAUCUUGAUAGGCUUGGAAUUACAACUAUAUAUUGUACAACUGGUUGGAUUGCCUUGCUAACAGCUGUACCAUUCAAGAGGAAAUUGUCAUUUUUUCUUAGAGGUAUUAUUAUGGUAAAUAAUACUAUCCUACUUAAUGAAUUUCAUGUGCAAGGUGAAAGUACUUUUUAUAAUAAAAAGGACAGAGUUAGAAUAAGCAGUAAUUUGUUCCAUUUUAAUUUGUGAGUCUUGAGCCAGUUUCAGAGUUUAAUAAAAUAUGAUUGCUUUUCUUAAAUGUUUGAUAGGACCUUUAGAGGGGAUGCCUUUAGUCUAAACUGUUUGACUAGUGUCCUACAGUGAGUAAAUAUUGGUUUCAGACUAAGGCUUAUAACUCUUUUUUUAGCUAUUACACAGUGAUAGUACUUUCAUUUAAAAUGUGCUUAUAUUCCUUAUGAAUUAUAUUUGCACAAACAUUUGUAAUGUGUAAACAUAAAUGUCAAUAUUAAUUAUGAUUCCAAGCUCAAGGGAGCUUUUGAGCAUUUUUUCAGAGCAUACAAGAACAUCAUGCUGCAAAGGUUGGAUGGGAACAUGUAGGAGUAGCAAAGAGUUCCUGUUUCUCAGUCUCUGUAAGCAAAAUGACUAAAGAUUAGAGGAAGGUCAUCAUGGACAGUAAAAGUGGUAGCAUUAGAAUAAUAAUCAAGUUAGCUAUACUUUCUUAAAGUAGCAAAUUAAAUUAUGGAGAAGUAAUUUUUAAUUUUUAAAGUGUCUUUUAAAGGACAAGAGGGAAAAAAUAGCUUUGUGAGAAUCCCACUAACAGGCGCUGAAUUCUGACCAUAGAUGCUGGAUGUUUGAACUAGUAAAACCUAAUUCCCAUCUAUCCACAAGGGACUGCCAAUGAACCAGCAGCUUACCACAUAUGCUUCUAUCUGCGUUAUGCUACCUUCCAGUGGAAUCAAAGCCAAUUUUGAAGCUACGUUGAGUAGCACCAAGGUCAGGAGCGAAAUCCAAACUGUACAAAAAUCAGUGGCAAAAACCCUAAUAUUUCUUUUAUCUGCUUACAAUGUGCUUAACUGUGGCAUAUUUUAAAAGAGGAAAAUAAAAGCCCCCCUAUAGAAAUACUUUCAUGAGCAACAAGUGACUUUCAUGGAACCACAACAGCAAUUCUGAAGUUAAGACUAUCAGACAGCAUCUGUACUAAGACCAGCUUGGAUUUUAUUUCCAACAGCAGACAAAGGCUCUGUCUGUAACUCUCUGGUUGGCUUCACCCUCAUCUCAGUGCUUGAGCCAGAUGGCAUUCCUUGUCACCCCUUUGCAUACAAAAGGUAUGAGACGUUCAGCACUGUGAAAGGUCAAAAGUCAGAUGGCUCCUCUCAAGUCUGUGAGGUGUGCUCUUCACCAGCCUGACAAAGAAGCAACCACUAUUUUCAGUGUUCAGUAUAAGAAAGACUUCUAGUCCUGAAUGGAGAGGAAAGCCAAUAUGCAUCUAAAGUACAGUGCCAACAGGUAACACUUGUGUAAGAAUUCCACUUCUUCAUAUUGGCCACCUUAGAUGAAAACAGAUAAAUCCCCCCAAAACAUUCCUUGGCUCUGAUCCUGCAGUACUAAACCUACCACAUGGAGAAGAACAGAAAUCCAGGCUGAAUAAUGCAAAGUUGUCUUAAAUCAAAAUCAUAUGUAAAACACUUGUGGACAGCAUGGGGUGGAGGAGGGACAGUCUUUUGUGGAAAUGGUGAAAUGAGGCAGGCAAAACUGAAGGGAUGCUUUGUUCCUUUCUCCCCCUCCAGCCUCUGCUUCAGCUCUGUGGGUGUUCAGGAUUUGCAGUGUCAAACUGUUCACCAGGAAUUGCAUUAGUAGCCCUGCAAGUCUUUGUAUAGAGUGUGAAAGGAGGCAGCCCAGGGGUGUUAUAUUCUACUGGUAACGCACACAGGCAGGAGUGAGACUGACAACUACAUAUAAUCCCCUGCUCAGAAAUUAAAUCUCAAGCACUUAGCACAACCCUUCCCUUGCUUUCAAAAACCUAAGACAAAGAAUGAUUCAUGUGAAAAGGGUGUGGAUGCAGCAAGAUGGUUUUAAGAUUUUAGCAGGCAAAUAUUUCAUUAGCCAUUGGCCUCACUCCUGCUACAAGAGAAGAGAGAUGUAGCAGCUUUGCAGCAGCAUUCUGCUUGAUACAGGAUAGACCUAAUUUCUGCUGUUUGUUUUACUCAUUGCUGAUAAUCUAAGGAUUAUAAACAUGAUGCUCUGCACUUCUAUAAGAUCACAGUUUCUUGUUUAUAUUUCAACAUCUGUCACGGUCCAGCUGAGCUACUGAAAUUACACUGUAAAUUGCACUCUACUGUCUGUAAAGGCAGAACAACAGAAGAAGGAAGAGAGGAUUAGGAACCCAUGCAGUACAAGCAAGGCUGAGUACUGCUCUACCACUCAUAAUUGGUUACAGUGUGUCCUCAGGAAGACCCAGAUGUCCUUACCUGAAUCCAUGCUGAUAGGUGCUCUAUUGGUAUCACAAGAAGAGUUAGGUUGCCUUACUGUUUUCGCAGCCUAAGAGGAAAGAAAAUACAACACACAAAUGCAGCAAACAUCUAGGAAGUGGUGCAUAAAAGAAGACAUGGAAUGGCUACAUAAGUAGUUGCAUACACUACUAUCAGCUUUAUCCAAAGCCUAAUGAAAUAGACUGUUGCCACUGAUUUCAGCAGGAUCUCAAACAUGCUUUGAGGUCUGGAUUGACCCCAGCUAAUUUUGAACAGUGAACUGGAGCACAUUAAAAGUCUAGUUGCUGUGCUCCUGUGCAAUCAGAAGGCAGCCCUAUGAGCUAUUCAGAUCCUAGAUAACACCAGGCAGCAGCUUUGUUCACCCCUGUCUGAGAGCACCUGUGGUGCUGAAGUAGUUGCCUUUGGAUGAAAGCGGACUUGGUGCCCAAGGAGACAGAUGUGGUUCAGUCAAAUACAAUCGUAAGAAAUCUGUAAACAAAAAAAUCCUUCCUACAGAAGUACUUGCCCACUUUGAUAAUUUCCAUAUUCAGGGUGUACAAUUUCAGGAGACUGUCUGUCUACCAACCUAUCCAUAGCUGUCCGGCAGCUUGCUAGAGUCUUUUUGUUCUGGUUUGCUGAUGUUGUACAGUCCAGCCCAGAGCAGUGAUGCUGACUCCAUUUCCUGUUGCAUUUAUCUCAGUCACAUUAUGCUACCUAGGAAUUUGGCUCAAGCUAUCAAUACCAGAAAUGGCUAAAUCAAAUUUUUGCAAGCAAAUGGGUCUUCCCUCAGGUUUGAUCUUACUGUAAAAUGGAGUCAGUCAUUUUGUCAAACUUGAGAGGACAGAAAGCACUGCUUGAGUUUGCUUUUUGCUGUUGUUUACAAAUAUUUGUUAAGAUGAUUUUGGUAAGUGGUCUAUCACUUUACUGCUCCAGCUCCACAGCAACAUGCUUAGACAAGUGAUAGUGUUAGAACAGAAACUGUAGUGUUAGAACAGAAACUGUAGUGAAGCUCAAACCUUACAUAAGUAAGGUACGUACACUGUGUAUUGAUAGUGUCAGAUCCUUUUCAAAUAAUAAUGAAAAAAAUUAUAACUUCUUGCGUGUAUCACCACAGACUUUGCCAACAGAGGAAGCACACAGUGUAGAUGAGUUGCGGUUUUUUAAUCAAUCUCAGUUUUUGCUGUUGUAGGGCCUAUUGAAUUUUCAUCAGCACUUCCCAACUUUUGUGCUAUAUGUGAUCAGGUCUUCAAGGCUUCCCUCAGGGAAGCAUUCAUGAGGAUUUUGAAGCAGUAGAAGGGAGAUGCUUUCUUCCUUGGACAGCUGAGCUCAUUGCUUGCUACAGGCUUUGUGCAGCCCAUCAUGACUCCAUCUCUUCUGAUUUCCCUGGCCAGAUAAGCCUUUUACUUGCAUUCCUCCUUUUCCUUAACUGGCUUUUCUCUGGGAGGAAUCUCUGCAGACAGUUCAGGUGACCUUUUUACUGCUCUGAGACACAAGGAGAGCCAUUCAAAAACAUUUUGUCCUUACUAAAUGAGCACUGCUCUUGCUGAAUCUAAUGAUGCAGAGAGCCUAUGAAGUUCUGCAGUGGUUAAGAAGCAACCAAAAGAGGAAGCUUGGGAAGGGAGUGGUAUCCCUGCAGUGGCAUAGUUGAUCACUUGAUCACACCAGCAAGGUAUCUGUUGGGACCCAGGGGCCGCAUUUCGUAGGGUUUUUUACUAAUUCUGUUUAACUUGAAUUUAUUCUUUGUAUGUGCUAUCUUUUUGAAGUCUUUUAGAGUAAUAACUAUUUACAGCUGCACCAGAGAAGUAUAUUAGCUGGAUGUGUUUGUUAGAUCAACAAUGAUAUGGCCAGUACUGCAAGCACUUAAUGUUCAGGUUACAGGUCAGUGUUAAAGUGCUAACCCUGGAAGGAUUGGGCAGUGUCUCAGAAUUUUCUGUGUAACGCUCAGUGUAAGCUUUGGUAGAAGGCAAGUGGUAUCCCACAUAGAAAGUUUGUCCCUAAUUUCAACUAUGAUCCGUGUCCCAUAACAGUGAGGGAUACUAUAAAAAAAUACAUGCAUCAGUAGACCUGAUCUACUGGCAUCUUUCUAAGCGCUGUGUCAGACUAGAGGACAGUUGGCUGCACAGAUGAAGUUAGUGGAAAGGACUAUUCCAAAAUGUCUUCCAAUAAAGCGUGACAGUAGCUGGGAGACAGAUCUGCUGGUACUUGCAGAAUGAAAAGUCUAGGAAAGUAUGCUGAUCAUGAGAAAGAGUAAGAGAGGAAAGGGCUAUAUGUUGCAAAAAGGCUGAAAUUUGCCGUCUUCAAGGAGAAAAGUGAGAGGCACAGAAAUGGAAUUAAUUUUGAACUGGACUACAGAGUUGUGUCCAGUCUUCAAACUUAGGAUGCUGCUCCAUAAAUUAACAAAUUAGCAUUGUGCUAAAUUUCAGGUGCAUCAACCAGUGAGUUAAUAGCAAAAAAACAAGUAGAAAGAGAAUUUGCAAUGAGUGCAGAUCAGGGACUGGGCCAAGAAAUUUAUUAAGAAGAUUAGAUUUUCUAGCUGUACCUCAAGCACUGAAGAGGAAGAUCAUUUGAGAGUUUGUGUAAUCAGUUUGCUUUGCAAACCAAUUUCAUCGUGUCAUGAAGAAGAUAACUUCCAUCUGUCACAUACUUGCCCUCUUUAAGGGAGACUAGGAGUAAACGAGAGAGCUCCAACAGAAAACCCCAGAGAGAAAUAACUUCCUAGGCUAACAAUAAAGAGGAAAGUUUGACAAAAUACAUUAAAACUAAAGGGACAUAAUUAUGGCUGAGGAGCUAAGGAAAGCUCAAACUCAUUCCUUCCCACUUGGGAGCAGCAGGGAGAGAGCAAAUAUUCAAUGACAUUGACGAGGAGCCUUCCAAGCAGAGUCUGAGAGCAUAGAAUAAAUUUGGUACAAGGCAUGGAAGGGAGGGUGAGGAGGAGGUUACUUAUGUUGAUGGCCCCAGAAGGAGAAAUACAGAAGGGUUAUUACUACUCUUUGUCAAGAUGAAGGUCUAAAGAGAGAAGUUUGCCAAGUCAAUUAAAAUCUUUGAUAACUCAUGUUAUACACACCUGCUGCUUUCUAGAGCCUCAGACAAUGAAAGAGAGCGUUUCAUGCUUGCUUCCCAUUUAGGUAAUAGUCCAUAUGCUUGGCUUCUUUUAAGGAGCAUAACAUCAUACUGUGCAUUAGGCUUUAUCACAAGGACAAUGCACUCUGCUUGAGUUUCAUUUUUGGACUGCUUAGCUGAAACGCAAGUCACAGGAAAAAAUGUAUACUGGUGUGUCAGCAGAAAUUAAAAUAAGAAUAAUGUAGCUGGUAUCUGUUGUGGUUUGAAUUAAGAGUUUGGGCUGAAGUCAACCAUUGUUUCAGAGUAAUUCAGCAUAAGUCAGUUAUACUGGCCUAGGCUGUACCAGCAUACAUGUGAGUAGAACUUUGGUCCUUGAAUCUUCUUGAAGCAUUUGCACAGAAGAGGAUUUUUUACUACUGUGUAUUAAGUGAAAAUGAUUCGUGUGUCUGACACGACAAGACUUUUGUGUAUGUGUGAAUUCCAUUUCUAGUAAUUAUUGUGAACAAGUGGAAAGGAACUUGCAGUAAAUGAAGCUAACAUGGGAGAAUUCCAAGCAAUGUGUAUUUCUAAUCUGCAAAAUGCUAUUGAAGUGAAUGCUUAUAACCUCUGUAUUCUAGUGUCAGCUUUGCUUAAUUUUUUUUAUU